CUCAAAUUAAGUCUAUUUCCAUUCCCCAAUUCCCAAUUCCCAAUUCCAAAUACUAUUCAAAUUAAAAAUGAGUAUUACUUAUAUGCACCGUUUCAUCGCGCUCGCAUUGUCCUUCUUUGUUCUUUUCAACCUCCGAUCCAUCUCCGCCAACGACACCCUUUCAAGAGCCUGCGAGCUAUCCGCCGCAAGCGAUCCAAACGUCCGCCUCGACUUCUGUCUCCAAUCUCUCGCCGCUGCUCCUGGAAGCGACACGGCGGACCUUUACGAACUCGGCGCGUUAUCGAUCAAGUUGAUCGCAUGGAACGCGACCAGUACACGGCGGUACAUCGAGCGAUUACUAAAGAAUGAGAAGAAAUCGCCGGAUCCGUACGUUAGGCCACGGCUGAGCGAUUGUGAAGAGCUGUAUAUUGACGCUAUCAAGGCGGUGGGUGAUGCGGCGUUUGAGUACGGACGGAACCGGUAUGAAGAGGUGAAUGUGAAGUUGAGUUCGGUUAUGGAUGCAGUUACGACUUGUGAGGACGGAUUUAAGGAAAUGGAGGGUAGAGUUUCGCCAUUGACGAAGAGGAAUGGCGAUGUGUUCGAGUUAACUGCCAUUGCGCUCAGCAUUCUCAACUUACGUCCUUAAGGAAGGUGGAGGAAACAAAAUAUAAUUGUAACCUUCAAAUUUUAAAAUAAGUUAUAUUAAGUGUUUUGAAUUUAGUUCUUAUAAUUAGUAAUUCCAAUUUAUUUUUUUAGACAAACAGAAAAUAUGGAUUAAACAAAAAAAGAAAAUAUUGCAAAAAUAGUAUUAUAAAUUAUUCCCAUACCAAUAGUUGUUUUUACGUAUUGAUAAAACGCUUGUAAACAUUAAUGUAUCUUAUUUAUGAGUUUAUCUAGCUAUAAAUACUCAAUUAUAUUAAGUAUAA